AAGUGCGUAUUGGCGCGUGGUUCUCACCACCGGAGAAGCUCAGCCGCAGAGAUAAGGAAACGAAACUCCACAUAGGAAUCACUUUCUUUCUUUGCUCUCCCCCAACCCAAUGGCUACUUCCAUUAACAGCAGCAGUGCUCUGGGGUGGAAACAUUCCUCCUUCUUCGUACAAUCCAAUAAUGGCUUCAACGUUGCUUCGCCUCCUUUCAAACCAAAGCCGCCACGCUCCUCCAACUUUUCUCUCUAUUGCUCUGCCGCCUCCUCUUCUUCUGAUCCACUGUUGGUUAAGGCUGCUAGGGGAGAUCCCGUUAGUCGUCCUCCAGCAUGGAUGAUGCGCCAGGCAGGAAGGUACAUGGCUGUUUACAAAAAUCUUGCUGAGAAAUAUCCAUCCUUCCGAGAGAGGUCAGAGACAACUGAACUCAUUGUGGAAAUUUCUUUGCAGCCUUGGAAAGCUUUCAGACCAGAUGGAGUCAUUAUCUUCUCAGACAUCCUUACACCACUUCCUGCAUUUGGAGUUGAUUUUGACAUAGAAGAAGUAAGGGGACCUGUUAUACAUUCACCCAUUCAUUCUGAGGAAGGAUUAAAGGUUUUGCAUCCAAUUGACCUGGACAGGCUUAAAUUUGUUGGAGAUUCACUUAAGAUACUGCGCCGAGAGGUUGGUGGUCAUGCAGCUGUUUUGGGUUUUGUGGGAGCUCCUUGGACAAUAGCAACAUAUAUAGUGGAAGGGGGUACAACACGCACAUAUACAACCAUUAAGAGCAUGUGUCACACUGCUCCACAUGUAUUGAGGACUUUGCUUUCUCAUUUGACACAAGCAAUAGCUGAUUAUGCUAUUUUCCAAGUGGAGUCUGGGGCUCACUGCAUACAAAUAUUUGAUUCAUGGGGUGGACAACUACCACCUGAAAUGUGGGAAUGCUGGUCAAAGUCAUAUAUCAAAGAGAUUGUAAAUUUGGUCAAGAAAAAAUGCCCUGAGGUACCAAUUGUUCUUUAUAUAAAUGGAAAUGGUGGUCUUCUUGAGCGUAUGAAAGACACUGGAGUUGAUGUUAUAGGGCUAGACUGGACAGUGGAUAUGGCAGAUGGAAGAAGAAGAUUGGGUAGUGGGAUAAGUGUUCAGGGAAAUGUGGACCCUGCCUACUUGUUCUCUCCUCUUGAUGCCCUGACUGAAGAAAUUCAGAGGGUUGUGAGGUGUGCGGGACCUAGACGGCACAUCCUUAAUCUCGGACAUGGUGUUCUUGUUGGCACGCCUGAAGAAGCUGUUGCACAUUUCUUUGAAGUAGCUAGGAGCUUGCAGUUUGAAACACUUUUUCAAAACAAUACCGCAAAAGACCCUAAUCUUGUAACUUAAGGACAAAUGCCAUUACUGUUGCUUCUUGUUUUACUUUGUCUCAGGAGUUAGUUCAAGCCCUUCUAGAAAGGAAGAGUGUAGGCUUAGUCCUUUAUUGUUGUGCUUCUAUGAGAUGAUCAAAGGUCUGAGGAUGCACAUUGCUGUACCGGCUUAGAUGAAGUUUCGAUUUUACAUUCUGAUGUAUUUAUAAUUAAUUAUGAUGAAUUAAUUUGGAGGAUUCCUUCCAUUUUGGUAAAAUUUUCUUAGCUUGGGGUGACACUCUGUCUUGUACUAAUAUUUUGUUUCAAAGAAUUAAUUAAUUUAUAAUUUCCCUUUUAA